UUGGUGGGGCUGGUUAUCCUCGGCUUCGCAGUAUACGCCUACAUAGAGCCGGUGGCGCAAGAGUUAAUAGAAGUGUCGAACCGCCGCACCAUCGCUACUGUUGUGUUAUUCGUCCUAAUGGGCAUCGGCUCUUUGACCUUAAUUGUGGCCCUCUUCGGUUGCUGUGGUGCCUACCACGAGUCCCCUUGCCUCCUCGCCACCUACUUCAUCUUCCUCAUCAUCAUCUUUGCAAUACAGCUCUCCGGUGCCGCUGCUGGCUACUUUUACAAGGAAAAAAUCUUCGAGAAUACUGAACAGAGGAUGAGGGAGGGCGUAUUUGAGCACAUGAAACCCAUCCCUACCAUGAACAGACAACCUGUACUUAUGAAUGCUGUGCAGAAAGUAUUUGAAUGCUGUGGGGUGCGAGGGCCGAGCGACUACAACGGCAAAAUACCCAUGUCCUGCUGCAUUGCGUCGAGGAGCUCAUGCAAUUCCGCAGAAUUCAGAGAUGACGAAAUCUACACCACGGGCUGCAUCGACAAGUACAAGGAGGCUGCUAUUUCAUUCUUGCAGAUUCUUUUCCUCGUUGUCUUUGCGAUAUCCUUUUUUGAGAUAUUCGGUCUACUCUUCUCUAUAAUAAUGUGCUGCAUUGUGCGAAAGUAUACUGCUGACUACUACGAGGUCGACUAUGCGCCCACAUCAUAA